CGCCAACUGAGUGAUUAACUCUCUCUAAUCAUAUACGGCGGAGGAGCAAAAAUCUCUCGCAAAUAUUUCCAUCAGAAUCAGCUGGUGGGGGCGUUAUCCAUAGCCUUAACAAAGGCCUUAAUGCUCCUCUGCAGAGAGAUUCACACUUCAAUUGACUGUGGUUGAAUUCAGCCUGCGGAGUUUUCAGAAGAUGUUUCCGUGGAACCUCGCCAGGUCGGCGGAGGCCGUGUUUUCUCGCUGGGCGAUGAAGAGGCUCUGUAAGUUCUUGCUGAAGAAGAAACUGGGCAAAUUCAUACUAGGAGACAUCGAUCUCAACCAGCUUGAUGUCCAGCUCAGCGCCGGCACCAUUCAGCUCUCUGAUCUCGCCCUCAACGUGGAUUAUCUCAACCAGAAGUUUGGUUCAGCAACAACUGUUGUGAUGAAAGAAGGUUCUAUUGGCUCUUUGCUGGUUAAAAUGCCCUGGAAGGGGGAUGGCUGCUGCGUAGAAGUUGAUGAAUUUGAGCUUGUUUUUGCUCCGCGAUUGUGCAAUAUACCUGGAAAUGGAGUGGGAGUCUCUACUUCCGGGCAAGAAUCUCAGGACCACACAUAUUAUGUCAGCCACAAUUUGCCUAAUAUUGACCACGAUACUGCUGGUAGUGCUGGAACCAGCACUUUGGAUGUUCACGAAGGAGUUAAAACUGUCGCCCUCAUGGUAAAGUGGCUGCUUACAAAUUUUCACGUGAGAAUUAGAAAACUCAUUUUAGCUUUCGAUCCUUGUUUUGCCGCAGAAAAGGACAAAUGCCUAAAUAGCUCCUUGGUUCUAAGAUUGACUGAAAUAGAAUGCGGGACAUGCAUAUCUGACAGUGUUUCUUCAGAUUGUGAAUCAGUGUCUGGCAAUGUACUCGGGUUAUGUCGAAUGACCAACUUUGUAAAGUUUCAAGGAGCUGUACUUGAAUUUCUCCCCAUGAAUGGCGUUAAUGAGAAGAAGCCAUUUCCUUGUUCUUCAGGAACAUCAGCGGGUGAACAUUCAAGCUGCUUUUACCACAACCGGACAAUCCCAGUCAUCACUGGUGAAAGAGGUGGAUUUUCUGGAAAUCUGAAACUGUGUAUACCUUGGGACAAUGGUUCUCUUGAUAUCCACAAAGUGGAGGCAGAUGCUUAUAUUGAUCCAUUGCAAUUGAAAUUUCAUCCUACCAGCAUUAGAAGCUUUUUAUGCUUGUGGGAAAUGUUCAGAGACAUCGGAGACAAAAACAGUAGCAACAUCAUUAGCAGGGUAAUUGAAUUUGAUAAAUGCAACAAACAGCUGAAUUGUGCUGUAUCAAAUACAGAUUCUUGUAGGCUCUCUGAUGCUUUUCUUGGACAAAACAAAAAUUCUACUGAAUACCUUCAUUUAACUGAUGAAGAGCCAGUUGGUGAAGCCCUACUCUCUGAGUCACAUCUUAUUCCAGAUUGGCUGAGGAGCCAGACAGAAAAAACUGAAGAGCCUGAUUUUGGAGCCAGUGUGGAGCAGUUUUUUGAAUGUUUUGACGGGUUGAGAAAUUCACAGUCAUCUUUGGGAGGAAGUGGGAUUUGGAAUUGGACAAGUUCCAUUUUUAGCGCAGUAACUACUGCAUCCACUCUUGCUUCUGGAUCAGUACACAUUCCUUCUGAUCAGCAGCUGCAUAUUGAAACCAAAAUCAGGGCAGCAAUUGUCAAAAUAUCUGUAAGCUUUUUCUUCACUGACGAUGAAGACAGACACUGCUCCAGUUUGAAGACUGAUGGAAUGACUGCUGGUACUUUUGUUCAUUAUAUGAGUGCACAUUUUGAUGACCUCUCUCUUGUAGUGCAGGUAUGUCGUCACGAAAUGAAUUUUGAAGCUACGGUGCAGCAUAUUGGGCUGGCUGAUUGCUUCACUGAUGGGGAUCGUACAUUGAAAGAUAGUAAGGGCAUUCAGGAAAUUCAAAAGUCAGUUCAAAAUGCCAUUCCAGAUCUUUCUAGGUCCAGUGCAAAGGACGAACUAAGAAAUCUAUCAUGUGCUGCUGGAGACAUUUCUAUGCUUUUUGAUAAUAGGUGCACACAACCGCAAACAUUUAGCGGUCCAGAUGAUGUGGUUCAGGUAGAAUUACUUCAAUCAAUCGGUCAAAGUCAGUGCCAAAUCACAAUCGGUGCAUCUAGUGAGUUGUUCAGUGGGCCGACAUCUUUCUCAUUGAAGUUACCAUACUUCAUUUUUUGGUUGGACUUGGAUUUGAUGAGUGAAAUAUCUGAACUUCUGAAGCAAGUUAGUGAAUCUUUUGAGAGAACGAGUAGAGUGUCUCCUUAUGAGGGAUAUUGCCUUUCUUCUAAAAUGCAAGAGAUGAAGAGCUCUUCUACACAUCAAAAUUUUACAGGCAAUGUAUUCCUUCCAACUUCAAGGAUAAUAAUGUGUUUCCCGUAUAGAAAAGUUGGAGGUUUCAGGAGUUACUCAUCUUGGGGGGAGUUUAUUGCUCUUGACCUGUCUUCAUCCACAUUGCCCGGAAAGAAAAAUGAUCCUGUGGGCCCAACUUCAACUGCUUGUUCCAAGAACAAGUACCCUUUGAAAUCAUCACUCUCUUUACAUUUGAACUUCGGGGAUCUCAACAUCUACUUAAUUACCUCAGAAUCUAAAGAGAAUGUAGAUAGCAGCUCUGGCGUCAAACACAAGUCAAAUUUUUUAGCUCAGAACAUCAUGUCCAUAUCUUGUGGGAGACAAACUUGUGCUGUUAGCUUUUUCAGGCAAAAGAGUCCUGGUGUUGCUUCAACUGAUACGGUAAUCAAAGCAAAAUGCUUUUCUUCUUCAGAUAUUAACAGGUGCAGAGAUAGAUUAAAGGGGAAAGACUUUGAAUUUGCAUCUGUUAGUACAGUAAAGGGUUCAGAAGAUUAUGAUGAUAUUCAACGAAAGAUGAUAGACAGCUCUGAGUUUUUCAUUCAUGCACAGAUAUCUUCUGUUACAGCCAACUUAAGCAAGUCUCAGUAUGUUUACGUACACAAUUUUCUUAGUCAGUUGAUUGAUGGCUUUUCUCUAAUGGCCUCUGUUCAAGUUGAAAUGAGAGACAAAUCUUUUGCAUCACAAACAUCAGUUCUUGUUGAGUGUGAAACUUUAUCUAUUUCAAUCAGUACCGAAGUAGAGGAGAGUAUUAAGGGACCAUUCCAGUAUGAACUACCAGGUUCUUGGCAUAGUUUGAAACUUGAGGUUCAGAAGUUUGGACUGUUUUCUGCUUCUGACAUUGGAGGAAUUACCAGCACCAGUUUUCUCCGUGUCUUCCACGGUGAUGGAAAUUUGUGGGGGUAUAUUUCUGGACUUACAAGGGAAGUUCUUCUGAUAUCAUGCAACAAUGCUUCAAUGGGGCGUGGUGGUGGAGAUGGAUCAAAUGUAUUAUCAUCCAAAAGAUCAGGGUCUGACAUAAUACACUUUUUGGAUCCUCAAAGUUUGAGCAAUCACACAUCUAUCACUGUCUGGGGUGGCACUAUUGUAGCAGUUGGUGGACGGUUGGACUGGCUGGAUAUGAUUACAUCUUUUUUCAGCUUGUUGUCUCCCAAAACUGAAGAAUCUGACAACAUAUCACAGAAAAAAGAUUGUAAAGAAAGUCUGCCUUUUGAAUGUUCUUUUGUUCUUAACAUGGUAGAUAUUGGUUUGAGUUAUGAACCAUAUUUAGGGUUUAAUAAAGGUUCUGAGACCAUAUAUUCUAGCAAUGUAAAUGAAGUGAUAGAUGAGCAACAUAUUGCUUGCCUAUUAGCUGCGUCUUCCUUGAGGGUAUCCAACACCAGUUUUGCUGAUUCAAAUGUCCGUGAUUACAAAAUUACGGUGCAGGACCUGGGCUUGCUUCUUUCUGUGGUUUGUGGGCCUGAGACUGCGUGUCAUAUUUAUAGUGUUGAGCAUCUUCACAAGAUUGGUUAUGUCAAAGUUGCUCAAGAGGCAAACAUCGAAGCAGUUGUGAGAAUUGACUGUGAGAAUGGGAAUCUGUGGCAUGUUGAAUGCUCAGAGUCUCAGAUUGUUUUAAAUACUUGCCAUGACACUGUAUCUGGUUUGAUUCGUUUGGCCACUCAACUACAACAGAUUUUUUCUCCCAUUAUUGAAGAAUUGGCAGUGCACCUGCAGACUAGGUGGGAGAAUGCUCAACAAGCAAAUGGGAAUGAAGAAAUAUCAACUGCUGAGGGAAACUCUCCGCCAUUAACUUCAUCAGUUCUGACAUCAAUUGCAGAUGUUGAAAAUAUUAUGGAUGAGAUAUGUGAAGAUGCAUUUCAAAUGAAGAAAACCAAUGAUGCUCAAGCUGAUAGUUGUAUUGGUGGGGCAUAUUACUCUAGUCACAGUGAAGCUCAGCAUUUGUAUGAGACAUUGCCUGUUUCCGAGUCAUCUCUGGCAGCUGGACUUGAAAAUAGUGAUAGUUCAGAAGAAAAAAUGCCCGAAUUCAUUGAAGAUUAUUUAUUGUAUGAUUUUUGCUGUCUCUCAGAGCCAUCAUUGAAGGGGAACUCACCUAAUGAAGUUGCCAAGUGCAAAUCUAGUUCUGCAAAGAACACAGAUGGCCAAAAAGAAAGAAAUGGAUGGUAUGAUGAGAGCUCGUUAAGAAUUUUAGAGAAUCACGUUUCAAAAGACAGUGGACAGAUUGGUUCCUUGCAGCAUGAGUGUGAGGCUUCUAGCAGUAAAAAAGAAGUAGAUGAAAAUGGAAAAAUCAAAGGCCGUAUAGUUUUUAAUAACAUGAAUGUCAUCUGGAGAUUAUAUGCUGGUUCUGACUGGAAAAGUUUUGAGAAAACUGCCCAAUGUUCUGCUGGUACAUGUGGACGAGAUACAACUUCAUGCUUAGAGCUCAUAUUGUCUGGAGUCAGCUUUGAGUAUGACAUAUAUCCUGAUGGUGGAAUACACGUAUCUAGAUUAUCCAUUGCAGUGAAGGAUUUUUUUCUCAGCGAUUGCAGCAAUGAUGCCCCAUGGAAACUGGUGCUGGGAUAUUAUCAAUCAAAAGAUUGCGCAAGAAAGUCAUCCUCCAAAGCAUUUAAGCUGGAUCUAGAAGCUGUCAGACCUGAACCUGCUAUACCUCUGGAGGAGUACCGAUUGCGUGUUGCUUUCCUCCCAAUACGGUUGCAUCUUCACCAAACCCAGCUUGAUUUUCUCAUCACAUUCUUUGGGGGAACGAACUCAACAAGUAAUUCAUCACAUGAUGCUUCACAAAAUCUAUAUGAACCAAUAUCAAUUUCAAAGCAAAAAACUGUGAUUGGAGGCCAUACAAUUACCAUGGAGGCAUUACUUCCAUAUUUUCAGAAAUUUGAAAUAUGGCCUAUGCUUGUUCGGGUUGACUAUAGUCCUUGCCGCGUUGACUUGGCUGCAUUAAGAGGUGGAAAGUAUGUGGAGCUUGUCAAUCUUGUGCCUUGGAAGGGUGUUGAGAUGAGCCUCAAACAUGUUCAGCGUAUUGGUGUCUAUGGCUGGGGUUGUGUUUGUGAAAGUAUAAUAGGGGAGUGGUUGGAAGAUAUUUCUCAGAAUCAGAUUCAUAAACUACUGAAAGGGCUUCCUCCUAUUCGAUCAUUGGUUGCUGUUGGUUCUGGAGCUGCCAAGUUGGUGUCACUUCCGGUGAAGAGCUACAAAAAGGAUCACAAAUUGCUGAAAGGAAUGCAAAGAGGCACAAUUGCAUUCCUUAGAAGUAUAUCGCUUGAAGCAAUUGGGCUAGGAGUACAUUUGGCAGCUGGAGCUCAUGACAUUUUGCUCCAAGCAGAAUAUAUAUUGACAACAAUUCCACCAUCUAUCUCUUUAUCUGUAAAUGAUAGGCGGGACUGUGUGAGAUCUAAUCAGCCUGAAGAUGCUCGACAAGGAAUCCAGCAGGCAUAUGAUAGUAUUAGUGAUGGAUUAAGUAAAUCUGCUUCUGUAUUGGUAAGAACACCCUUGAAACGAUACCAGCGUGGUGCAGGGAUGGGGACUGCUCUCGUGACUGCCGUUAAGGCUGCUCCUUCCGCAGCCAUUGCCCCGGCUUCAGCCACUGCACGUGCUCUCCACUGUGCUCUUUUAGGGGUUAGGAAUAGUCUUGAUCCUGGGCGCAAGAAAGAGUCUUUAGAUAAAUACUUGGGAACAUCUCCAACUCAACACUUCAUGUAGUUGGUGUGCAUAAAAUAGGAGAUUGAUGUUCUAAUUUAUCUACUGAAUCAUGGGAGAGUGCCUUCAGUUUUCAAGCAAAAAGGCCACGUGGAUUGAUGAUAAUGGAGUCGGUCAUCAGCGCGUUGGGAGGGUGGGUUUUGGUACAGAAAUCGGAUUCCUAUUUGCAAGCCCCUCUUUCAUUUGGGCAUAGGUUUACAAAUUGUGCUGAUUCUUUUGCAUUUUAAAAAGGAAUUAUUUGCAAGCCGCUGCUGUAUAAAAUAUGGAAUGUACAUAAAGAGUAAUGAAAUUUCAAAGAUGCUAUGUGCAAUUGACACCAAAGUGACACGGUACAUGUCUUUGUCCUCACAUACAAUGCACUGUAAUAUAAACUGUCCACUGUCUGUGAGGACAAAAAUCACAGACAGUGUCAACCUUGGAGACAGUGUGGUACAACUCAUGAAAUUUUCAUGUGUUGUUUUUUCUUCCAGAGAGUAUUGUAUAUAAUUGGACAUUUGAUGAGUUUGUAGUCUCAUGUUCUGUGUUAGUUCCCCUCACUUCUAUGGGUUACCUAUAACCCUUCUCAUGUUGAGAUCUUGUGAAAUGGACACUAAAGGGGGACAAGGGUU